CGGAUUAUUUGCCAUUUUGCCGAAAGGAAUGCGCGCCGCCAGUGUUGUCCUUGCGCUGCGUGUGCUGUUUCCACUAGCUCGUGUGGCAGCGGACAACGAAGCGCCGGGUGCUGUCCUGCAAUGGUAUGCCCCGUUUCUUAGUGGCGGAGGGUAUUGCUCCGAGGCCAUCUCGUUCGCCGGAGCCCUUGCACAGAUCAAUUCGCCAUUGUUUUCGCUGCACAUCACGCAACAUGGCGAUUCAGUUAACCCGACAUUCUCAAAGUCGUUGCCCACCAAGACGCAGGAGCUUUUCAAAUCGCAUUGGUUCACGCCGCCGACCGCGUCGCCGCCAACGAUCGCCAUCUGCCAUUCCGAGCCCGGGGCAUGGAACCCACCUCGAUACCAGACAACGUUGUGUCCUCCAAAAGGCACCGAGUACGCCAUUGGUCGCACGAUGUUUGAGACCGAUCGGUUGCCGUCUGGCUGGGCCGAGCGCAUGAACGACAUCAUGGACGAGAUUUGGGUGCCCACCACAUUUGCCAAAACGAUCUUUGAAGCCGCGGGCGUGCCAGCGUCCAAAGUCACGGUCGUCCCUGAAGCUGUCGACGUCGCAUUCUUCAAUCCCGAUAACGUCGCACCGCUUCCCAUCGACGGCGUCUCAAGCACCACGACUGUGUUCUUGUCUAUCUUCAAAUGGGAAGAACGAAAGGGAUGGAAAACGCUGCUCAAGGCGUACUUCGCCGAGUUCUCCAGGACCGACGACGACGUCGUACUGGUGUUGCUCACGAACGCGUACCAUAGCUCCAGCGACUUCGCAAGUUUGGUCGAGCGCUUUGCGUUGGAUACGUUUGCAGGACGAUCGUUGGAAGAAUUGCCGCGCAUCCACAUCCUCCCACCGCAUCUGGCCCAGGAGGACCUCCCGGCGUUGUACAAGGCUGCGACAGCUUUCGUCCUUCCGUCUCGAGGGGAAGGGUGGGGCCGACCGCAUGUGGAGGCCAUGGCAAUGUCACUUCCUGUUAUUGCAACGUUCUGGAGUGGGCCCACCGAGUACAUGACCCAAGAAAACUCGUACCCACUCGACAUCGAAGGCUUGGUUCCAGUUAUGCCCCCAUCAUCGUGGAUGAUGGCAAAACUUGAUCACACGGUCGGGUUUGUAGGUAGAGUCGGGGGCAUUCAAAGGACAUCUUUGGGCCGAGCCAUCCGUCACACACCUUCAGCAACUCAUGCGGCGUGUCGUCCAUCAUCCUGACGAGGCAAAGGCGAAAGGACGCCAAGCAAGACAUGACAUGAUCCGCCGUUAUGCACCUUCAGUUGUAGGGGCCAUGGUCGUCGAUGCGAUCGCCGACAUCUUGGCAUCCCUCGAUGCCCGCCUCGACGAGCUGUAGGUAGAUGUGGGAAUGCGGUCUUGCGGAAGAUUUGGAAUCAGCCAAUCACAUUGCGCAAUGUUUUUACACGGUAUUUUAAAGUACCCUAAACAAGUCAGAACUUCAUGUGCCGCCA